AUGCGUGAUUUCCGACGCAACGAAAUGGUUGACGAAACACUAAGGCGAGAUAUGUCCAACAUAAGUAGGUCACCUUUCACGGACGAAAUCGAGCAGGCAGAGCCUUCGCGCAAGUUCAACAUGCCACACUUCACAUCUUUCAAAAGAGACGAGGGUCCCGAAAGACACUUGAAACAUUACCGAAGUGCGAUGAAAAAGUCCGAUCACUUGUUCAACGUAAAGAAAAACCCAAAAGAGUCACUUCGCGAUUACGUGAAGAGAUUCAAAGCAGAGAAGGCGAAGAACGUCGGAUGCGAUAACUCGAUUGCAAGUGCAGCUUUCCAAAAAGGACUACCAGCAGAUCACCCACUGUUUGGAGAAAUGAUCAUGAAAGAAGACCUAACUCUGGCAGAUUCCUUUGCUCUAGCAGAGAAGCAUGCACUUUGGGACGAAGCUCGACAAGCAGAAAAGGUUCCCAAACAGCCUAGAAAAGAGUUGGCAUCUACUCAAAAGAAGGAGGAUGGAAAGCAACCCAGCAAGGGCAGGCAGGAGGUCAAGCGCAAGGACCGACCCACGACCAAAGAAGGCCUGAUAACCAAUAACUAUUCAAAAUUCUCAAUUCCGAUUCAUCAAAUCCUUCGUGACAUCAAGAAUGAGCCAUGGUUCAAGUUGCCGAAACAGUCAAAAGGAGAUACUUCUAAGUUGGACCACACCAAAUAUUGCGCAUUCCACCGAGGUCCUAGGCACACAACCAACGACUGCUAUACUUGGAAGAACUACCUAGAGAAACUCGUGAAAGAAGGGAAAGUCAAUAGAUAUUUGGACAAGCCAGCUGAGCAGCCAAAAAAGGAAUGCAGACGGAGAUGA